CCCGGAGAGCCGAAACUUGCAUCAUAUUCGUCACGUAAGAGUUGGACUGCAGCCUGGAUCUGGUAUAAAAACAAAACAUUGCGCCAGAAUGCGACAUUAGUUACCUUCGCAUCGAUCAACUAACCAACUCAGCCUCAGAAUGAUGAAGUUCAUGUGCAUCUGCCUCUGCGCCAUCUCUGCCGUUUCGGCCAACUCCUAUGGACGUGCCCGUGGCGGAUACGGUGGUGGCUACGGUGCCCCAGUCGGUGGCUAUGCUUACCAGGUGCAGCCUGCCCUGACCGUUAAGGCCAUCGUUCCCGCAUACGGCGGUGGAUACGGCGGAAACCAGGGAGGAUAUGGCGGUGCUUACGAGUCGGUGCCUGUGCCCGUGUCCUCUGUCUACAGCGGUGCCAAUGUGGGAUCUCAGUACUCCGGCUCCGGCUACGGUGGUGCCCCACCAGUCGACGCCCAGGCCAUUGCCCUCGCCAAGCUCGCCCUGGCCGCUCCUAGCGCUGGAACUCCUCUGGUCUGGAAGGAGCCUCCACGCUACGCCCAGCCCCAGUAUCCCCCCACCAGCUACGUGCCCCAGGAGUACGGACACAGCGAGAAGGUGAAGGGUGGCUCCGCCGCCGCUGCUGCCAGCUCCGUGGCCGCUGGAAAGAAGGGCUACAAGAGGCCCGCCUACUAAGUGGGAUAACGUUGAACAGUGAACCAACAACUUAACUUCCAAUAAGGAACUAGGUCAUAAUAAUAAAAGCCAAAACAUCAAGACUUAAA